AUGGAUUUUCUUCGUCUUUUCCCUCCUAAAAGUCGUCAAUCUCGACUGAUUUUUUGUAACUAUCGGCAAAUGGGGCUUUUCUGCUGGUCUGCUGAUGAGCCGAAUCAAAUUGUUAUGGUUUCUGCAUUGGUUAGUGGUGAUGAAAGGAAUAACGCAGAAAAAUCAAACGAGAUUAUAACUUUUGAAAACAAACCAGGCGUGUUAUUCAGACGUAUUUUGACAAUUCUUCUUUCGCCUGAAUUGCCAGUUGAAGCAGACUUUACUCAAAUUUUGGUAAAUAAAAAUGGAAAUUUGUUGGCUUUGGUAGGCAAAUGUAUGGUCUUUAUUGUGGAAUUGGACCCUGAUUUUUGGGAUUAUCGACAUCAAAUUGGCGUUUCUCUGGAUUUUGAUUCCUCUGUAGAACAUCUCAAAAGCGAGUAUUAUGCAAGGUGUGAUCUUCUUCACUUUAAUUUAUUUAUGCGCAAAUACGCACCUUCAAUUAUAAAGGCCGUUUGGUUUGAUCCCCAAAAAGAUGCGAAACAAUAUUUUGUUAAUGAACAUCAGGCUUCUGGAGGGUUGCUUGCUCUACUUUAUUCAGACAGCGUAAUAAGACUUUACGAUGUCAAUUCAGUUAUAGAUCGACCAUAUUGUGUUAUAGACUUCAACAUUCUUUUGUUCGAUAGAACGCCUAGCGAAAGUGGCGAAGAAUUUAAUGACAACAAUUCUGGUAUUGAUAGCCGGCCUCAUUCAACUUUUGGAUUUGUUACUCAAAUUGUCUAG